UAGAUUUACGCAAAAAUAAACAGGACUUCCUGAUAAAUCAUGAAAUUUUAAACGUUUAAACGUAUUUCUUUUAACCAAAUCUAAAUAGAAAAAUAAGCAGUUUACACCGUUCCCGUGUUGUCCUGAUGUAAAUUUGGGGGGUUCAUAAACGAGGAUUCCGUGGAACACGGUCAUUUCAAUCUGGCAACCCUGAACAGAGCGGAUUAUUCGACGCUCCUUUCACCAGCGGAUUUGGUUGAGUUCGAUUACAAGAAGAAGAUGAACACCAACGACGCCAAGGAGUAUCUCUCCAAACGCCAGAUCCCUCAUCUGUUUGAGAGCAUGUUGACUGGCUUGAUGUAUCACCGCCCUGAAGACCCUUUAGGCUUUUUGGAAAACUGCCUGCAGAAAGCAAGAGAGCUGGGAGGUCCUGAAUGUGUGGCCUGGGAUACCUUCAUCAUGCCUGAUCGUAAACCACUACCCCCGAUUACCACUGCACAGGGAAAGAAAGCUCCCUGCAAGCUUGACAGUGGUCCUGGUCCUGGUCCUGGGCUUUACCGACGCUAUGACAGAUUGCCUCCCAUUCAGGCUCAAUUCUCCAUUGAGAGUGAUUCUGAUAUGACAGAAUCCUCUGGACUCAUACAGGAGUAUGAUGUCUUUGAUCCAUUAAAACCAAGGCCACCCAUCAUAUUCAUCAUAGGUGGUCCAGGCAGUGGAAAGGGCACUCAGACCGCUAAGAUUGCAGCUCAUUAUCAUUUCGAGUGUGUGUCUGUUGGGGAAAUUUUAAGAAACCAGCUGCUUCAGCAUGCUCCCAGUGACAGGAAAUGGGAACUGAUCGCUCAAAUCAUCGCCAACGGAGAGCUGGCACCUCAGGAGACAACAAUUGAGGAGCUCAAGCAUCAAUUCAUCAAGAAACAAGAUGCCAAAGGUUUCAUUGUGGAUGGAUUCCCACGGGAAAUAUCUCAAGUGUUCACCUUUGAAGAACAAAUUGGCUCUCCAGAUCUGGUAAUCCUACUAGCUUGUUCUAAUCAGCAGCUGCGUCAGCGCCUGGAGAAACGUGCCCUGCAGCAGGGUCGGCCUGAUGAUAAUGCCCAUGCCAUCGAGAAACGACUUGAAACCUUCAAGCACAACAUAACCCUCAUAGCCAAGUAUUACCAGGAGAGAGGACUAAUUAUUAGGGUUGAUGCAGAUCGAGAAGAAGAUGACAUUUCCACAGAUAUCAAAGCCAUAGUGAAAGAGAAACUGUUUGCAAAGGAGGAAGAACCAAAGGGUUUAUAAGUACUAUGACUGCCACAAAACCUUUAAAUGCUUCUCUAUGAUGGUCCUUGAGUCUUUAUUUAAAAAUGUAUUUUUAAAACAGUUUAAGUAAUUUCUAAUUAUAGCCAGCUUGUUGCAUCUUCUCUAAAAGGCAUGAUAAGACUUUGUCAUGCCAGGGCCAUUGAGGCCAGAGGCUUUAAGUCUGCUUUGCUUUAACCUGUGUUUUACUCUUCUAAUUAUUUCUAUAAGUGAAUUUCAAAUGAGGAGUUGUUAAAAUUUUCUGUAAAAGAGACUUUGUCAUCAUAUAAAAAUAUCUUUAUGUUAAAAGUAAUUUUCUGAAUUAUAAAAAGUUUUAUUUUGAAUAAAGGUCUUAAUAAAUAAAUGUUUGACCUUUGUCU